AUGGCGACGGAAACACCUCACGAACUGUCCCAAGUGGUCUCCCAAGGGCGUGCCAGCCUGACACAGCCGGCCAUGCCUACCGAGCAAUUCGAGAUCCAAGAAGAUGACAACGCGCGAAGUGGAAUUGUCUAUCCCAAAGGAUGGAAGUUGUGGUCAACGAUGGCCUCACUGUGCAUUGCCUGCUUUCUCAGCGGUCUGGACCUUACUAUUGUCGCCGUUACCGUCCCCAGCCUCACCGACCAGUUCCAGACGAUAUCAGAUAUCGGAUGUGGCAUGACCAUGAGCGCUUUUGUCUUUUUCAUUGGCCAAGUCUAUACCCUCUUCUCCGUGAAGCCCAUCUUCCUCAUUGGCCUCGUGGUCUUUGAGAUCGGCUCUCUCAUCUGCACCCUCGCCCCGAGCUCUGGCGUCUUCAUUUUCGGCCGUGCCAUCAGCGGACUUGGUCGCGGCGCAAUCAACGGCGGCAUCUUCAAACUUUUGCGUCACUGCUUUCCCCUUUCGCAGCAGGCUCUCAUGCACAGCUUCGUUGGUGCAUUUCAGAGCGCGGGCCUGGUUUCUGCACCUACGAUUGGGGGCGCGUUGAUCGAUGCAUUUUCGUGGAGAGCAUGCUUCGGUAUCAACGUCCCGCUUGGCAUCGCUUGUAUCGUUUUGACAGCCGUUGGAAUUCAUGACCCUGCCGGCAACCAGAACGAGGGACUGACUCUAAAGCAAAAGCUAAAGAAGAUCAACCUCUUGGGAACUAUCCUCAUUGUACCAGCCAUCACUUGUCUUCUCAUGGCCCUGCAAUGGGGAGGAUCAAAGUACGGCUGGGGCAGCUGGCGAAUCAUCUUGCUCCUUGUCCUUUGUGCAGUCUUGUUUGCAGGGUUCGGAUACCUGCAACAUGUGCAGAAAGAAGAUGGCAUCCUACCUCCUAGAAUCUGGAAGCAGAGAAGUAUUUUGGCAGGAACUUGGUACUCGGCAUGCGCUGAAGGUGUCCUCGCCGUGACCGAGUACUACAUGUCUAUAUACUUCCAGGGUGUGCGAGGCUACUCGCCGACGCAGUCGGGUCUUUUCGCUCUUCCUAUGAUCGGUGGUCUAGCGGUGGCCAUGGUUAUGUCCGGUGUUGGCGCAACCGUGUUUGGAUAUUAUUACCCUUUCAUGUUGGCGUCGAGCGUUCUAGCACCUAUCGCUUCUGGGCUACUUACCACUCUCAACAUGGAGGAGCACGUUGCUAAAGGCGUUGCUCUUCUAGGUUUCCUUGGCGCAGCAGUGGGCCUAGGCCUCCAAGGUCCGCAAGUUGCACUUCAAGCCGUGCUACCUAUCGAUGACGUCUCCCUCGGCGGAGCAUUUAUCAACUUUGGAUCAGGUAUGGGCUCAGCUUUGUGGAUCUGUGCCUCGGCAACAAUGUUCCAGAGUCGCCUGGUUGAUGAAAUCCAUUCUUCUUCGCCUGGCACCAAUGCUACGGAGGUCCAGGAUGCCGGGCUCACAGGACUACGAGAACGCAUCGGUCCAGAGAGAUUGGGGAGCGUUCUUGCUGGAUAUGAGAAUGCUGUUGUGCAGACACUGUAUAUCCCGUUGGCACUGGCGAUGCUCACCAUCGCUGGCUCGCUUGCCAUGGAGCGAAAGUCUCUUAAGAAGAAGCAAUCUUGA